AUGCGCCUUUUGCAUGCCUCUGGCGACGACUUCGAACUCGUUGAGUUUGUUCGCUACACGCCAACAUACGCAAUAUUAUCACAUACCUGGGGCGCCGACGAGGAUGAAGUCACAUUCAAAGACAUAUACAAGGGCAAGGGCAAGGGCAAAAAGAAGCCCGGCUACGCCAAACUCCAGUUCUGCGCCGCGCAGGCCGCUAAAGACAAGCUCGAAUUCUUCUGGGUUGAUACAUGCUGCAUAGAUAAGAGCAGUAGCGCGGAAUUGGCCGAAGCCAUUAAUUCGAUGUUCAAGUGGUAUCGCGAUUCGACAGCAUGCUACGUAUAUCUCUCUGAUGUGCCCAGCACCGGCAGGCCGUAUUCGCAGAGCAACAAGCAGCCAUCUUUCAAGGGUAACCGAUGGUUCACACGUGGAUGGACGCUUCAGGAGCUUCUAGCACCAAGGAAUGUUGUCUUCUUCUCGAUAGACGGCACGAGAAUCGGAGAUAAGACUUCCCUUGCAAAAGAAAUUGCAAGUGAGACGAAUAUCCCCGUAGCUGCAUUGGAGAAUGGCCCGAGCUUCAUGCUGAAGUACCCUAUCGAAGAGCGCAUGCGUUGGGCAAGACAUCGUGGCACCAAACGGGAAGAAGAUGCCGCGUACUGCCUCCUUGGCAUAUUCGAAGUAAGCAUGUGUAUCGAGAACUGUCGUUCAGCUUGA